AUGGGGUCACUUCCUGGUGGAGGCGGCGUGGCGGCGGAGAGCAGCAUAGAAGGCGAGGCGCAGCGCAGCGAUGAACGCCGCAAUCACGAGCACGUUGCGCCACGGGCUCAAGCCUGUGAACCCCCGCGCGUCCAGAUACGCUGCACCCCACAUGGGGCAGCACAUGGGGCAGCACAUGGGGCAGCACAUGGGGCAGCACAUGGGGCAGCACAUGGGGCAGCGCAUGGGGCAGCACAUGGGGCAGCACAUGGGGCAGCACAUGGGGCAGCACAUGGGGCAGCACAUGGGGCAGCACAUGGGGCAGCGCAUGGGGCAGCACAUGGGGCAGCACAUGGGGCAGCACAUGGGGCAGCACAUGGGGCAGCACAUGGGGCAGCGCAUGGGGCAGCGCAUGGGGCAGCACAUGGGGCAGCACAUGGGGCAGCACAUGGGGCAGCACAUGGGGCAGCACAUGGGGCAGCGCAUGGGGCAGCGCAUGGGGCAGCGCAUGGGGCAGCACAUGGGGCAGAGCAUGGGGCAGCACAUGGGGCAGCACAUGGGGCAGAGCAUGGGGCAGCACAUGGGGCAGCGCAUGGGGCAGCACAUGGGGCAGAGCAUGGGGCAGCACAUGGGGCAGAGCAUGGGGCAGCACAUGGGGCAGAGUAG